UCCUCAUCGCAGUACCGCCGCUCAGCCUCGCAUCUGUCCGGCGACUCCGCAGCAAGUGGACCGAGAGGGAGACUGGACCCGCACACUGAGGCGCACAUCUGAACCAGGACCCAAACGCUCCCUCGGUGCUCGUUUCACGCUGCUCUGCCUGGUGCGCGCCGCAGGUCGUCUGCAGCCCCGCGGGUCGACGUGCGCUCCGAGAUGCGAACCUCCCUGCUGACGCUCGUCUGCCUCCUGGCUGCUGCUGCUGUUGCUGCUGGCCAGGAGCCUGACCACAGCCACGGCUGUGCCCAUGGCAGCUGUUACCCGGCAACAGGGGACUUACUGGUUGGACGAGAGAAGAACCUGAAGGCCUCGUCCACAUGUGGGAUGAGAAAAAAAGAGCCGUACUGCAUUGUCAGUCAUCUGCAGGAUGAGAAGAAGUGUUUCGACUGUGACUCCAGACGGCCUUACGACCCAGUGUACAACACCAUCAACCACCGGAUUGAGAACGUUAUCACCACCUUCAAACCUCACCGCAAGAAGUCCUGGUGGCAGUCUGAGAAUGGAAAGUCACAAGUCUUUAUCCAGCUGGAUCUGGAAGCAGAGUUUCAUUUCACUCACCUGAUCAUGACCUUCAAGACUUUCCGUCCGGCGGCCAUGCUGAUUGAGCGGUCAGCAGAUUUUGGUCGUACCUGGCAGGUGUACCGCUACUUUUCCCACAACUGCGCUGCUGCCUUUCCCAGAGUGUCCCAGGGUCCUUUGCAGAACAUCAACGAUGUCAUCUGUGAGUCACGCUACUCUGACAUUGAACCAUCGACGGAGGGUGAGGUCAUCUACAGAGUGUUGGAUCCAGCCAUCAGGAUUCAGGAUCCAUACAGCCCGACCAUCCAGAACCAGCUAAAGAUCACCAACUUGAGAGUGAACUUCACUGAUCUCCACACACUGGGAGACGACUUGCUGGACCCCCGAGCUGAAAUCAAAGAAAAGUAUUACUAUGCCAUAUAUGAGCUUGUUGUACGCGGAAACUGCUUUUGCUAUGGCCACGCCUCCGAGUGCGCCCCCAUCGAUGGCAUCAGGGAUGAUAUAGAGGGAAUGGUUCACGGCAGGUGCGUGUGUAAUCAUAACACCAAGGGUUUGAACUGUGAGCAGUGCAGCGACUUCCACAACGACCUGCCCUGGAGACCAGCCGAGGGACGCAACACCAAUGCCUGCAAGAAGUGCAACUGCAAUGGCCACUCGACCCUGUGCCACUUUGAUAUGGCGGUGUAUCUGGCCACUGGAAAUGUCAGUGGAGGAGUGUGUGAUGACUGCCAGCACAACACAAUGGGACGCAACUGUGAGAUGUGCAAACCUUUCUACUACAAAGACCCCUUUAAGGAUAUCAGAGACCCGCAAGUCUGCAUAGCUUGUGACUGCGACCCAGACGGUUCCCAGAAUGGAGGGAUGUGCGACAGCCACACGGAGCCCUCCCUCGGCAUGGUGGGAGGUCAGUGCCGCUGCAAGGCCAAUGUCGAGGGGCCGCGCUGCGACAAGUGCAAGACCGGCUUCUUCGGCCUGAGCGCUGACAACCCUCAGGGCUGCCAACCUUGCCGGUGUGACCACCGAGGAACAGUGUCAGGGAGCUCCCAGUGUGAUCCAGUCAGUGGAGACUGCUUCUGCAAGCGUCUUGUCACCGGACGCAGCUGUGACCAAUGUUUGCCAGAACACUGGGCUCUGAGCCACGACAUCAACGGCUGCAGGGGCUGCGAGUGUGACAUCGGAGGGGCCCUGGACAACCACUGCUCCAUGGAGAGUGGUCAGUGUCGCUGCCGCAGUCACAUGACAGGACGCCAGUGUACACAGGUGGAGUCUGGAUAUUUCUUCAUGGCUCUGGAUCACUUCCUUUAUGAGGCUGAGUUGGCCAAAAUGGGGCAGGGCUCUACGCUGGAGACCAGGGAGCACCAGCCGGGUCGCCCCGCCACAUGGACGGGCCUUGGGUUCGCUCGGGUGCCUGAGGGUGGCACCCUUGAGUUCCUCAUCACCAACAUCCCCUACUCCAUGGAAUAUGACCUGCUUAUCCGCUAUGAGUCACAGAUGCCCAGAGACUGGGAGGAGGUGCGAAUAACAGUGAUCCGCCCGGGGCCGAUUCCUACCAGCAGCCCCUGUGGAAACACCAUCCCAGAUGAUGACAGACUCACCGUCUCCCUGCCUGCUGGUGCCAGGUUUGUGGUCCCUCCUCAGCCUGUGUGUCUGGAGAGAGGUGUCACUUACACCCUCCGCUUUGAGUUCAGACGCUAUCAGGACGCCAACAGUAUCCUCAACGGAGCGGCCAACGCUGUCCUCCUCGUGGACUCGAUAGCCUUGAUGCCACGCCACUCCUCCAUGGAGAUGUUCAACGCAGGAGAUCCAGCCUCUAACAACAGGAAGCAGACCUACGAGCGGUAUCGCUGCCACGAGGGGGCCAAGAGUGUGACCCGCCCACUGAUGAGCGACACCUGUGCCAAACUCAUCACCAGCAUGUCGGCCAUCAUAAAUGACGGGGCUCUGCUUUGUAAUUGCGAUCUUCAGGGGUCCAUCAGCUCCAUGUGUGAUGUCCGCGGCGGCCAGUGCCGCUGCAGGCCCAACGUGAUUGGUCGACGCUGUGACCAGUGUGCUCCAGGAACUUAUGGCUUUGGACCCUCAGGCUGCAUAGAGCACAUUUGCAAAUCCAAAACCCCCCAAAAACCCAUUUUUCUCUUUCUAUCUUCGAUUCCUUCUCCUUUCCACUUCACUUUCUUCUAUCAUGCUCUCUUCCUUCCUUCACGCCCCUCCUCAUCCUUUUCCGCCCUCUGUCCAGCCUGCGGUUGCAGUUUGGAGGGCUCCGUGACUCGGCUUUGCGAUAAGUUCACCGGUCAGUGCCAGUGCCGCCCGGGCGCGUUUGGUCAGCGCUGCGACGGAUGCCAGGCAGGUCACUGGGGAUUCCCCAGCUGCCGACCCUGCCAGUGUAAUGGACACGCCGAUCAGUGUGACCAGAGGACCGGAGCCUGCAUCAGCUGCAGGGACAACACUGGAGGAGACAAAUGUGACAGAUGUGCCAAUGGUUACUAUGGCAACCCAGUUCUUGGCAUAGCAUCCAGUGGUCAAUGUCGUCCAUGCCCCUGUCCAGACGGACCCAACAGUGGACGCCACUUUGCUGCUUCUUGUUACCAGGACAACCGUAACAGGCAAAUUAUCUGCAACUGUAACCAGGGUUACACAGGUGCUCGGUGUGAGGAAUGUGCCCCAGGUUAUUACGGCAACCCCUCUCAGCCCGGAGGGCGCUGCCAGCCGUGCCAGUGCAACAACAACAUAGACAUGUCAGACAUGGACGCUUGUGACAGGCAAACCGGAGAGUGCAGGAAAUGCCUUUACAACACUGAGGGCCCCCACUGUGGCAUCUGCAAGAGCGGCUAUUUCGGGGACGCUUCGCGGCGCAACUGCAGGAAGUGCACGUGCAACUUCCUGGGUACUGAACGCAGCCAGUGUAUGGAGCGCGAGGACUGUGUGUGCCAGCGCACCACAGGGCAGUGCCAGUGUCUACCUAAUGUCACGGGUCUGACAUGUGACCACUGCGCCCCCAACCACUGGAACCUGGCCGGCGGGAGGGGCUGUGAAGCCUGCGGCUGUGACCCAAACAACUCAGUCACCUCCUCAUGCAAUGAGUUCACUGGGCAAUGUCAGUGUCGGGACGGCUUUGGAGGGAAGACCUGCACUGACUGUCAGGAGAACUACUGGGGAGACCCCAGAACACAGUGCCGAGCUUGUGACUGUGACUGGCGUGGCAUCGAGACCUCUCAGUGUAAUCGGGUGACAGGCCACUGUGUUUGCCAGCAGGGGGUGUCAGGUGUCCGCUGUGACCAGUGUGCCCGGGGUUUCUCUGGCCAGUUCCCCAACUGUCAGCCCUGUCACCAGUGUUUCGGGGACUGGGAUCGCAUUGUGCAGGACCUGGCAGUGCGUACCAGGGCUCUGGCAGAGCGUGCCCAUGAGAUUCAGACCACUGGGCUCACUGGGGCCUACGAGAAGGCCUUCAGGGACCUGGAGGAGAAGCUGGCACAAGCUCAGGGCAUUGUCAACGCACGCAAUGCCACCGCUGCAGCCGUCGCCACCCUAAUGGAGCUCAUUGAAGACCUAAGAGCGCAGAUCGGUGAGACCACUGACACCCUGAACCGCCUGGAAGGAGACCUAACCAUCGUCCAGGACAGCAACUCCGAGGCCAGUAAGGAGCUGAGUGCUCUGGAGAGAGAGGCUAAAGAACUAAACCUCACUUCAGAGCAGCUACACCACCAACUGGAUGUCCUAAAAAACUCCAACUUCCUAGGUGCGUACGACAGCAUCCGUAGCUCCUACAACAAGUCUCGUGAUGCAGAGCGGCGUGCCAAUGAAUCAACAAUCACCAGGCCCAGCACAGUCAGCCAGUCUGCAGACACUCGCCGCCGCACCGAGCGCCUCAUCGCUGCCAAGAAGGACGACUUCAACCGUAAAAAUGCUGCUAACAAGCGUUCGCUUGGAGAGCUCAAUGCCAGAGCACAGGGCCUGGACUUGAAGAAGAUCAAUGAGAAGGUUUGCGGUGCCCCAGGUGAUGCUCCCUGUGGGGAAAGUCCUUGUGGGGGUGCAGGUUGCCGUGACGACGAAGGGAACCGUCACUGUGGAGGCCUGAACUGUAACGGCGCUGUGGCGGCGGCUGACAACGCCCUGGAGAGAGCGAAACACGCUGAGAAGGAGCUGAACAGAGCAAUGGGAGAGGUGGAGGGGCUCUUCACAAAGGUGGCAGAGGCCAAAAGCAAGGCAGAGGAGGCCAAGGGUAAAGCCCAAGUUGCUUUGGACAAAGCCGCCGCCACCAAGAACAAAGUGGAGCGCUCCAACAAUGACCUGAGAGACCUCAUCAAACAGAUCAGGGAGUUCCUCACCCAGGAGGGUGCAGACCCCGACAGCAUUGAGGCAGUGGCCAACCGUGUGUUGGAGCUCUCCAUCCCGGCCUCACCCCUCCAGAUCAGACAUCUUGCUGACGAAAUCAAGGAACGCGUUCGCAGCCUUUCAAAUGUGGACGCCAUCCUGGAGCAGACGCACGAUGAUGUCCGCAAGGCAGAGCAACUGCUGCUGGAUGCCAAGAGGGCCAGGCACCGUGCUGAGGGGGUAAAGACCACAGCAGAGACAGUGAAACGGGCCCUGGUGGAUGCUAAGACUGCCCAGACGUCAGCAGAGAAGGCCAUAGCGAGAGCCAGAGCUGACAUUGGGGACACUGAGGCCCGCCUGGUACAGAUCGAGUCAGAGACAUCCAACAGCGAGAAGGACCUGAAUGAUGCCAUGGACCGCCUGGGCACACUGGGACGGGAGAUCAAUGCCCUGAAGACCAAACGUGCCAACAACAGCAUGGCGGCAGCCCGAGCCGAAGAGACAGCCACAAUGGCACGCGACAAGGCCAACGAAGCCAAGCAGAUUCUAGACGGCCAGCUGACAGAUAAAUAUCACGAGGUGCAGCAGCGGGUUGACACGAAGGCCAAGGCUGUGAAGGAUGCCAAGAAAAGGGCGGAGAGCCUCAGAGAUGAAGCGAAGGAACUACUGAGAGAUGCCCAGAACAAGCUCCAGAGACUUGCAGAGCUGGAGAAGGACUACGAGGAGAACCAGAGGAGGUUGGAGGGGAAAGCUCGUCAGCUGGAUGGCCUGGAGGACAAAAUGAAGGCUAUCCUCAAUGACAUCAACAAACAGAUCCAGAUCUACAACACGUGCCAGUAACUCAUAAGAAAACUGCUCCAACACUGUGUUAUUCUGCCAUUUCCUCUAGAUACAGUAACUGUACAAUAGACUACAAUAGACACAAUUAAAGACGAGGGCUGGAGUGGUUAUUUUAUCACUCUGCAAGUGGAUUUGCCUUUUUUGUGUGCAAGCUGUCCUUUAUGUAAGUAUUUAAAAUGGUUGCUAUCAUAUUUAGAUAUGUGUACCCAUUACUGACUAUGUAAAGGCUGUCUGAUAAUACAUAUUUUAUUUUAAUUCUAAGUUGUGUACAUUAUUUUUCUUUUUGAUUUUCAAGCAGAUCUGGAAACGUAUCUGUUUACAUUUGAGUUUCAAACAUGAAAUAUUAAAAUGAGAUUUUAGAAAAGUGAAUGACACACAGAUGUGGGUGAAAGUAAGCUUUUUACUUAGAUUGACUGUUGCAUAAUCAGCAGGUCAGCGUGUCAUUUUCUAAAAAGUCUGUAUAUUCUGAGCUGUGCUCAUCAAAAGAGGACUUUACUUCGAUUGUAUAGACAUUGGACAGCAUCUUCUUUCACUAUGAAACACAACAACUUUUGGGUGCAUGAAAUUUAAAUGAAAGUGUGCUCACAUGUAACUGCUUUACAGUCAAAAUGAUGAGGCUUUAAUUGUUUUGGCUGAUUCUCAAACAAGCCAAAACACAUAGACAUGGGUGUAGUCACUAGACCGUUGUCCCUGUGUAGUAGGAGACAGAAGAAAUGAACAGGGUUAAUGCAAUCAUAUGGAUUUUAGACUUUGAUUUUGAGAUAAAAAAUGUACCAGCUGGGGUGCUAGGAACAUAUUUUUGUGUUAUCUUUGCCUUUGUACGAAUAAAAAGUAAAAAUAUACAACCUUUUUUAUGUGAAAAAUAAAACAAACUGUUUUACACUGCAAAGUGAGUAGAUAUAACCAGCCCAAACGCCACCUCUGCCUGGAGUAUAGGAGGGCCGCUGCACACUGAUAGCACACAUGAAUCAUGUAGGGAGCGACGUAAGCUAGCAGGUCAUGCUACUGGCGAAGCUCUGUGAUGCUACUAUCGGUUGGCCCGGGGUAAAAGCUUCAGACAGAGCUGAUGGAACCGGAAGGCUUCUGGUCUGGCUGAGCCUGGCAGGCUGAGUCUGACAUGCUUUAAAGCAGUCACAGAGGCCAAACACUUUCUAUUCAGUUCACAAAAUGGCAUUCCCUCUGGCGCCACACUCAGGAAAAAACUUAAAGGACUAGUUAAAUAUUUUAAGAACUACGCUUAUUUGCUUUCUUACAGAGAGUUAGGUGGGAAGGUGAUACCACACUGUAGGACAAAUGUGACACUACAGCCAGCAGCUUAGCUUAGCAUAGAGAGUGGAAUCAGAGGAAAACAGCUAGCCAAAGGCUAAAAACAGCCACCUCUCAGCACUUCUAUAGGUCGCUAAUCAACCUGUUGUAUCUCUGACUUCCUGGAGUCUUGUUAUCGCUGGGAUGUUACCAGGCAACCAGUGGAGACUCCAGUAAGUCACCGCUCCUGUCCACGAAACAGUCAGGCACAUAACUCCCUAUGAAACCACAACCUGUUGUUUCACUCGUCUUUGUAUGGAUCAAACCAAGAGUUUUAAGGUGUAGAUGAGUCACAGAGCUGCUGUUCGGCAGCUUUUUUAGAUUCGGACAGAGCCAGGCUCGCUGUCUCCCCUUUGUCUCCUAUAAUGGGCAGAUGAGAGUAGCCCCCACCAACUCUCUGCAAGAGAGCAAAUAAAAUGAUGCCAAAAUGUUUUGCUAUGUUUGCUAUGCUUUUACUCAUCACCAGGAUUCAUUUGUAUGAAUGCUAAAGGGGUGAUGCACAUUGUGAAUGUUUGUUUGUCAAAUGUUCUGUGACUGAAUAUACAAGCUCUGCAGUAAUCAAUGCCUCUGACGUGACAUAGUGUUCUACAGUAUACACAGUGUUUGAUUGUGCCUUAUAAUAUGCCAGCGUCAUGAAACAUGACUUACGUACUAUUUGCAUGACAUUUAUGUUUUAGGAGACAUAAACCAAAAAACAUUCUUUGUACACAUAUUUCCCUCAGAUCACAUAUCAUCUGCAGGCACGUGAUUUUAAUAAGUAACUGCCAAAGCAAAAGUACCAAAAGAAGCUUGUGUAAAGUUUAGAUGUGUACAGUU